AUGGGUCAAGUCAGCGAUGAUCUAGAAGCUGGGGUAGCCGCCAAACCCUACCGUCGCAGCGAGGAGCCGUCUUUUGUCACGCUGCUAGUAUCUGCACUGGUUUCUGUCUUGUUGAUGGUAGCAUUGUCCACGGUCAUGGACCGUCGAAGCCCCGCCGUCGUCUCCGUCCACCUCACGGGCUACGAUGGCAUCGACCCUGGUGCCGCCGGCCGCGUGGUCUCACCGGCUUUCAACAUCACACUCCGUCUGAAUGAUACCUGCGUCGACCGCGCCGGCGUGGCCGUGAUGUACUCCGGCAUCGCACUCGGCUGGCCGCGUGUGGAUCCGCGGGACUGCGCUAAGAGGUGGUGGGCCAAGGAUGUGGAGGUGGCGGCCCGGGGAGCCGGGGUGGGGCUGUCGCAGAGCCUCCGCGACCACAUGGGGUCGGACUGGCGCUCAGGCGCGGUGGAGCUCGACGUCGACGUCACCACGUACAAGGAAGACCCGCUCUCUACUGACACUGAGUUCCCCCAACACAUGAUCGUGAAGAAGGUAAGGAUUUUUAACGAGAAAGAAGAACUAGCUACAGCCGACGCCUCCUCGCAAAUGCUCUGGUCCGCGUGA